CAGCGUAUUUGAGACCUAGAAUAUAAAUAGAGCUCCUCGGCGAUGAGGAGUUGUUCUCCCUUGUUAUUUUCUUCUGUUAUUGUGUUGGACGACCACGCUUCGGCCCUGGAGUCGGUCUGCGCUCGUGGUGGGAGGCGAAGGAGGUUAUGCCGGAAGGCGUCAAGGUCAUACCUUUGUGUACUUGUGUGGGCUUAACUUUUGUACCUAAGAUAUGGAGCAAGUGCCCUUUUGGUCAAGCUGCUUUCAGUGCCGAGUCUUAUUGCUCCAGGAGGUUCUUGACUGGCGGUUCUUCGUUCUUGGAGACUUCCUUCUCAUUUCCUUUGUUAACUGUACUUAGGGCCCAGCUACUGUUUUAUGACCAUCAGGGGCUGCCUGAUGCAAUUGCUUUCUGAAGUUGGUGUUGGAUUUAUAGUGCAGUUUUAGAAACCAACUUCACUCACUAGUUGAAUAUGGUGCUCCUGCUGCCAUCAUGCUCCAACAUUUUUUGGUUUUCGCAGUUCUUCUUCUGCAUACCUUCUGCUUGAAGUUUAUGUGCGGUCUAAAGAGCUUGUUACCAAAGAAUUAUAUUGCAGGUUAAAUUCUAAUAGCUCCUAUCUGUCUUCUCCGAUUCUAGCUAUUAGACUUGCUGCACCUCCAUCUAUAGUUCUUCUAGUAUAUUCUUCCUUGUCUCAAGUGUAGAGCGGGCUUGAUAUUAAUCUUUUGAAGAAGUUAUAUGGGAAAUCCAAAUCAUGCUUGAACUAUGUUUUCUCCAGUAGUUUAGAGCAGUAAAGGGUUCCUUUUCCUACUCUCCUGCUAAUAUGAGUUGCAUUAUUUUGUCCGCUGUACUACUGAAGGCAGAUGGUCUCAAAAAUACAAUUUGAAAGUUAUCAGAAAUAAAGAAUUUGAAGUGCAUCCGUUGGAAUGAUCUAGUGGUUGCAAACCUGGCUUGAUGUUCCAGUUAUUUUGUUCCCUGAAGUUUAUCUUUUCAAGAUACACUUAUAGUGGGAUCUGCAGAAAUUUAUUUUUCAGACAUCCUUUUCUCAAAUAAGCCGAUUGUGGGUAUAUCAUCAGCCGAAAACAUGGAAAGGUACAAGGUAAUCAAAGAAGUUGGUGAUGGAACCUUUGGGAGUGUUUGGCGAGCAAUAAAUAAACAAACUUGUGAAGUUGUUGCAAUUAAGAAAAUGAAGAGGAAAUAUUAUUCUUGGGAAGAAUGCAUGAAUCUUCGGGAAGUGAAGGUAAUAUUAAUAUUAUUACCAUUUUUGUCCCUUUUUUGGGUGGCUCUUUUCUCACAAAUGGAGUACCUGUUUUUCCAGUCUUUGAGAAGGAUGAACCAUCCUAAUAUCGUGAAGCUUAAAGAGGUUAUUAGAGAGAAUGAUAUGUUAUACUUUGUAUUUGAGUACAUGGAAUGCAAUCUUUAUCAGCUUAUGAAAGAUAGGGGGAAAUCUUUUUCAGAGGCUGAAGUCAGGAAUUGGUGCUUUCAGAUAUUCCGAGCUUUGGCUUACAUGCACCACCGUGGUUAUUUUCACCGUGACCUUAAACCUGAAAACUUAUUGGUUACAAAAGACACCAUCAAGAUAGCAGAUUUUGGCCUUGCUCGUGAGGUUUCUUCAGAUCCACCAUAUACAGAAUAUGUCUCCACUCGCUGGUACCGAGCUCCGGAAGUUUUGCUUCAGUCUUCUGUUUAUGGCUCUGCAGUUGAUAUGUGGGCGAUGGGUGCAAUCAUGGCUGAACUUUUCACUCUCCGUCCUCUUUUUCCAGGCUCAAGUGAAGCGGAUGAGAUAUACAAAAUUUGUAGUAUUAUUGGUACUCCAAAUCAUGGUACCUGGGCUGAAGGACUGCAGCUUGCAGAUGCUAUCAAGUUUCAGUUUCCCCAGUUUGCAAGUGUCCAUCUUUCACUGCUGGUCCCAUCAGCUAGCAAGGAUGCGAUCAACCUAAUAUCGCUGCUUUGUUCUUGGGAUCCCAGCAAAAGACCCACAGCAGCAGAGGCUCUUCAACAUUCUUUUUUCCAGCCCUGCUUUUAUAUCCCACCAUCAGUUUGUCUGAGACCAGCAGGAAUGCCAGCAACACCUCCAUCUGUUGGAAUGAAAGGAGCUUUUGAACAGAAGAAUGCUAGGAGAUAUUCUAUGGGAGCUUUAUCCGGUACAAAGCCAGCAACCAAUUUGUCAUCUGCAAAUGGUGAUGCUUCCAUGAGGACAGGUGUGCAAAGGAAACUAGCGAUGGAGAAUCAUCAGGAAUCCGAGAAUGAAAAAUCCACGAAGAUUGGUUUGAAACAAUCCCGAUACCGUCCACCAGCAAGAAACAAUCCAGCAGGAUAUCUUGGUAGAGACUCGCGUAGUGUUUCUGACGUCACUGAUAAGUUGGCUCACCUGAAAGUGAGCUCCAACAAAGUUUCAGAUGCCUCGCAGAAGCUGGCGCACCUGAAGGCCGGUCCUCAACCACUAAGGCAGCCACCUCGCAUGAAGGCUGGUGGAUGGCACAGCCUUACCGAUUUCCUCGCCAAUCCUGAUGAAGCCCCCGCGCCCAGAAGCUAUUAUCCAAGGAAAGUUGCGGGCUAAAGAGAGUGGUCCCUUGGGCCUUGCUUAUGGAGACUCAUCUCGUGAUCCUUUAACUGUGUCGUUUUGAAUGCUGGACCACCUAUAUCUAUUAGUAUGUUUGCUAAAUAACGGACGCAUUUGCUUGUCAGCUUUUCUUUUGUUUGGAAUGUUGGACCGCCUAUAUGUUUUAGUAUGUUUACUAAAUAAAGAAGGGAUUUGCUUUUGUUUA